GAAGUUUAUUCCAAUACUGCUUUUGGCAUUUUGGGGACGUAGGGCCGAGUUUGGAGAUGGACACUUCCUGCACUGGUUGUGUGACAGGGUCUGAAAUCAGAGCCCUGUUAGUUGGGGUCCAGGAACCCAGGUGCCAUGUUAAUUCUGUGCCUGAUCUCUUCCCAGAUUACUGAUUGCGAAGGUGGAUGUGCCGGAUAACAUGUCCAGUGUGUCUGAGGAGAGAAGGCAAAGGCAGCAAAACAUUAAGGAAGGACUGCAGUUUAUACAGUCUCCGCUGUCUUACCCAGGAACACAGGAGCAGUAUGCGGUGUACUUGCAUGCCCUUGUGAGGAAUCUUUUCAAUGAGGGCAAUGACGUCUACCGGGAGCGGGACUGGAGCGGCUCAGUCAGCCAGUACACAGAAGCCCUGAGCAUAGCGGACUACGCCCAGUCGGAGGACAUCGCCAUCCCCAGGGAGAUCCUCGAAAAGCUCUACACAAACCGCGUCGCCUGCUACUCUGCUAUGGGUUUCCACAGCAACGUGUUAGAGGACUGCGAGGCCGUCCUCCGUCUGAAUGGCAGUAACUGCAAAGCUCUCUAUCGCAAGUCCAAGGCGCUGAGCCAUCUGGGAAGAUUCAGAGAAGCUUAUGACGCAGUGGCCAAGUGCUCCUUAGCCGUGCCUCAGGAUGAACAUGUAAUCAAACUAACUCAAGAACUAGCUCAAAAAUUGGGAUUUAAAAUAAGGAAGGCAUACGUCAGAGCCGAGCUCUCCUUAGAGUCAGUGCCUGGACAUGGGGCUUCCAAGGCUUUGAACUGUUCUGUGGAAGAUAUUGAGCCAGACUUACUGGCUCCGAGGCAAGAAACUGUGCCAGCUGUUCCUUUACCCGCACCCAGUGUUCCUCAUGAAGUUGGGAGUGACCUGACCUCCAGCCCCAUCAUGCCUCUGGCUUCUCUUUUGCCAUUGCAAGUGGAAGAGAGCUCUCUGCCAUCCGCAGUGCUGGCCAAUGGAGGGAAGGUCCCUUUUUCUAUGCCUGAGGCUUUUUUGGAUGAUGGUGACAUGGUCCUUGGUGACGAAAUAGAUGACCUCCUUGACUCGGCACCAGAGACAAAUGAGAGUGUUAUGCCAUCGGCACUCGUCAGAGGACCCCUCCCGAUGGCCAGCGCUGUGUCUCCAAGCAUCUUUUCAGCAUCUCUGUUGGGAACCUUGCACAUGGGUGCAAGGUUUGCACCUCCAUCCUCCUUCUCCGAAUUGUAUGCCCCUCUGACGUCAUCCUUAGAAGAUUUCUGUUCUUCUUUGAAUUCAUUUUCAAUGAGCGAGUCCAAACGAGAUCUGCCCACCUCAACUUCUAGAGAGGGAACACCGCUUAACAACAGUAAUUCUUCCCUUUUACUUAUGAAUGGACCAGGUAGUUUGUUUGCUCCUGAGAGUUUCCUGGGAAUUUCAAGUCAGUCUAGAAAUGACUUUGGAAACUUUUUUGGAUGUGCAGUUACUAAGCCGUCUGCAUCAGUGAUACCAAGACAUCCCCUUGAAGGAACCCAUGAAUUGAGACAAGCUUGCCAGAUCUGUUUUACAAAAACAGGCCCUAAGUUAAUGGAUUUCACUUACAAUGGUAAUAUAGAUCAUAAAUGUAAGAAAGAUAUUUUAAUUGGUAGGAUAAAGAACGCUGAAGAUAAAUCUUGGAAAAAAAUACGUUCACGACCAACAAAAACAAAUUAUGAGGGACCAUAUUAUAUAUGUAAAGAUGUUGCCGCUGAGGAAGAAUGUAGAUAUUCAGGCCACUGCACGUUUGCUUAUUGUCAAGAAGAGAUUGAUGUCUGGACGCUGGAGCGCAAAGGGGCCUUCAGCCGAGAAGCGUUCUUUGGUGGCAGUGGGACGAUGAGCCUGACAGUGUUCAGGCUUCUGCAAGAGCACCGUGGAGAAUUCAUCUUCCUUUGUGAGAAAUGUUUUGAUCAUAAGCCUAGAAUGAUAAGUAAAAGAAAUAAAGAUAAUUCUACUUCCUGUUCUCAUCCAGUUACAAAGCAUGAAUUUGAAGACAAUAAGUGCCUUGUCCACAUUUUGCGAGAGACCACAGUAAAAUACUGCAAAAUCCGUGCUUUUCAUGGUCAAUGUCAGCUUGAUUUGUGUCGACACGAAGUCCGUUACGGCUGCUUAAGGGAAGAUGAGUGCUUUUACGCACACAGCCUUGUGGAGCUGAAGGUCUGGACGAUGCAGAAUGAAACCGGUAUCCAACACGAGGCUAUUGCUCAAGAAUCAAAACGAUAUUGGCAAAACUUGGAAGCCACCGUGCCAGGGGCUCAGGUGUUUGGCCAUGAAAUAAUGCCUGGACCUCUUCAGAUGAAGAUAAAGUUUGUAUGUGGCCAUUGUCUGCGGAACGGCCAAGUCAUCGAGCCGGACAAAAACAGGAAAUACUGUAGUGCAAAAGCAAGACACUCGUGGACCAAAGACCGGCGUGCCAUGAGAGUGAUGUCUUUUGAACGUAAGAAGUGGAUGAACAUCCGUCCUCUCCCCACAAAGAAGCAAAUGCCGUUGCAGUUUGAUCUGUGUAAUCACGUGGCCUCUGGGAAAAAAUGUCAGUAUAUUGGGAACUGUUCCUUUGCCCACAGCCCCGAGGAACGAGAAGUGUGGACUUACAUGAAAGAGAAUGGAAUACAAGACAUGGAGCAGUUUUAUGAACUUUGGCUCAAGAGUCAAAAAAUGGGAAAAAGUGAUGACGCUGCCAGCCAGCCCAACAAGGAGAAUGGAAAACAAAUUCACAUGCCAACAGAUUAUGCAGAUGUGACUGUGGACUUCCACUGCUGGAUGUGCAGGAAGAACUGUAACAGCGAGAAGCAGUGGCAGGGCCACAUCUCCUCCGAAAAGCACAAGGAGAAGGUUUUCCACACAGAAGACGACCAGUACUGCUGGCAGCACCGCUUCCCCACCGGCUGUUUCAGCAUCUGCGAUAGGUAUAUGAGCGGGGCAUGUGUAGAAGGCGCCAGCUGUAAGUUUGCACACGGCAACGCGGAGCUCCAGGAAUGGGAGGAAAGGAGAGAUGCCCUAAAGAUGAAGCUCAACAAAGCAAGAAAAGAUCACUUAAUUGCCCCAAAUGAUAAUGACUUUGGAAAAUAUAGUUUUUUGUUUAAUGAUUUAAAUUAAAAGAGGCUGGCUUUUACAUAUGUCACCGAAUCAGAGCAUUGACCAGAAACAUUGAAGCGCCCCGAGGCCCGGAGCCACGGAGCCGCAGGCUUUCUGCUUGCAUCGGCGUCCCUCGUCCCUCCUGCGCAACGACGGAAGACAGGCUGCUUACCAGGCCUGGCCCACGCCCUCGUGCAACCACGGCCUCCAGUGGCAAAGGGCCUGCGGCCUGGUGGCCUUCUGUUGGACAGACUUUGGAUGAAGUAUGCUGAGGAAGAGGCUGAGGUUAUGUGGAGAACGACUCCCGUAGUUGGUCCUUCACAUCAGAACCAUGGUAAGCGAGCAAACGUUUUGUCCUGGGAUCAGAAUAAUGCAGACACACAGGUGAAAUUCUGUACACGUUUUAGCGAAACGAAUCUGUUUCAUAUUCUAGUUUGCUACUUAUCUGUACGUAGGUUGCUAAAAAGGAUUUUUCUUAACGCAGAUUUUAAGCCAAAUCACCAUUUAACACUAGUAUAUGCUAAAUGGGGUAUUUUUCUGUGUUUGUAUGUUUCACCAGAAUAAGGGAACUGAGGAUACUGCACAUUGAAAAUAAUUUUGGAGCGAGAGGAAGAAAAAUCAGUUGACUCAAUUCUUUUUCCUUGGUCUUUUGCUGUUUAAAUAAUAAUUGUGAAAGAUUAAACUUGGUAUUGUGUAGUGUAUGGACCAAUAUUGCCUGUAAUAAAGAUUUUAUCUGUA